UCUGUCUGCAUCACUCUGCUUCUCACCCACAUCUUUUUAUCUUUUUUACCUGCAGAUUCUACUCAACAUGAGCGACGAGCGAGACGCAGUGCAGUGCGACAGUGGCGUGUCUCAUUCCGCUUAGGGCUCUUGAGAUCCGCGACGAUGCCAAUGAGACCUUUCGCCUCGCCGGACCCGAAGUUCCGUUCCACCAUUCUCUUUUUCAGCUUCCUACUAGAUAUUCAUGCUCAUCAACAACCGGGGAGAGCGGAUAAAAGCUCGGUUUCAUUGCUACAAGGCACUGUCAACUCUAAACAAUCAAGUGCCUAACUAUUUGGCUUGGCUGGACGGUAUACUACCAACUUCGUCUUGGUACGUCUUUCGCCUUGCGUACAAACCUAGACCACCUGUCACUCGAUCUACAGUACGAGCAGGACGGAGCCACAAUGCUCCUGGUGAAUGCCUUCGUGUCUCUCGUAAAUUACGCCAGAAUGCGACUGACUACGGAACCAGAUAUGCUGACGAACAUUGUCUACAUGUCACUCGUCCCGCGACUAUCGUCUACAUCUCAUUCCUAGUUCUUCAACGUGAAGUCGUGCCGACCAGUUUCACGGCGGUCCUUUCCCGGCUCUAUCGCUAUAUCUUCCUCUCUCAAAGCCUCAUCGAUGCCAUCUCAUUUAUUGGGAUGAGGCAUCUACGCUUGAAGAAUACGCAUUUGAGUCUGAGCUGUUGACAGCAUAUCACUUCGGUAAUCCUGCUGGAUCGUAGGCCGUCGCUUGCCGUUCUCGCACAGCUGGGCUGGCAUGCAUGCUACUCAU